GCAGCAGCCAAGCUGCAUUGAACUGCGGGGCAGCCUACACAUCAUGCUCGGUUAGCAAAAUGAGGGCAGCCCUCGUGCUGCUGGCAGCACUGCACACCACCGAUGCGGCGACGACCAGACCGCUGUGGUGCGACCGCCUCAAGGCGGCCGUCGACGAGUCGCGCGCGACGCUCGCGACGCGCUACGGCCGCGCGCGCCUCAACGCCACGUCCAUCUUCUCGCAUAAUCAAGAAGCACUGGCGGCGCGCAUAGCCGACGCCUUGAACAACAACCAGCCCCUGCGGUUCGGGUUGACGGGCGGCUCGCACGCCGUCGGCACGGACGAGGGCGGCUGGGCCACAAAUUUGACACGCUGGGUCGACGACGUCCUCGGUCGCGCGCGCGGCGCUGGUCCGACGAACGUCUCGGCGCCGCCGGGGCCCGUGCCUCCACAAAAAGCCUGGGAGCGCUGCGUCCGCAAAGACCCGCCGCCGUGGCUGAGUUCACCACCGUCGUUUCGCGCGACGGCGGCGCGCUGGGACGACGACGGCGCGCAGUGGCACAACCAGAGCUGGCCCCUGGACCGUAUUUGCGAGAACCGGCUCGAGCCGCGACGCGUCUGCCCCGUGUUCUGGGGGUCCGGAAAACACGCGACGCUCGUCAACGGCGCCAAGGGCGGGCUCACGACGGCGGAGGCGACCUGGGCGCUCGGGCGCGCGCUCGAUAGGUGCGUCGACGUCUUGCUGUGGGACCACGGCGUGAACGACAUGGCGCACGUCCGCGGGUCGGCGCGCGACGCGCAGAAGACGUUCCUCUGGUUCCUGGCGCGCGCGCAGGCGGAGUUUCCGCGCCUCGCCGCCGUCGUGGCCGUGUUCUGGCAGGACGACUUGCUCGGCCUAAAAGGAGCAUGCGCCGGGGAGGACGUGGACGGAUGGCAGGCGCGCGUGCCGGCCGGCUACCGCGGGGUCCUCGUCGAGGCCGCGCAGCGCUGGCCGGGCACGGCCGUCGUGACCAUGUCCUUGCCGGCGUUCUGUCGGAAGACGCCCGAGCGGCGCGCCUGCCACCCGGCCGCCUUCAUGGACUGGCUCACGAGUCACCCAACGUCGCUCCAAAAUGCCGCGUUCGCAGAUCUCGUGAUCUGGCAGCUGCUCCCCGCCUUCGACGCGAUGCACGCGUCGCGAUGCGAGUCCGUCGACCAUUUUCAAGCGCCAGCGCCGCCGCCGCGCGCCAGCCACCAUUUUCACGCGCCGCGGCUCGCCGCGAGCUUUUUUGGCUGGUCGCCCCUCGCGUCCUCGCCGCCCCGCCUCGAGGACCUGGCCGUGCUCUGCGCCCCGGGGCGGUCCCUCCGCGGGCCCGAGACGCGCAAGGGCAAGGCGGCCUGCAGUCUUCGCCUGGACGGCCUCACCUGGACGCCCUUCAACUUCACGGUCUUCGCGACGGACAUGCGCCUGCCGGCGACGCCGCGGUGGGCGCGCCUCGAUUUUAGUGAGUUGUUGUGGGGCCCGGCGCUGGACGGGGACGGCUGCGCGGGCUGGGGCAUGCACGGGUGCCGCGACCCGAAGCGCUGCGACGAGGAAUACCGCUACUCGAGCACCGCGACGCCGAAGUGUCCCUCCGGCGGCGGGACGCCCGUGCAACGCUGCCGCCGCGCGCCGCGGGGCGUCGAGCGCUACCCCGCCUGGCCCGCGUUUUCGGAACUGCCCAUCCCUGUGUGGAAAUCAACCAAUGCGUCGGGUGCACGACAAUUCUUCACUAAGUCAUUUCUCGGCGAUGACGCUGCCGUGCUGGCUCCGUCGAGCGGUGAGGAACCGGCAUCGCCACGCCAUCGAGCAGGCGCCGCGUCGAUGGCGUGGAGGACGACGCGACGAUUCAGCACGAACGCGCCGUAAAAUUUUGAUUUCCACACAGGCCCAUCCGCGCGGCCGACGUCGGAUUACGCGUGUCGUCGAAGUACGCGGGCUGCUUCCUGUGCUCGACGCUGCACCCGCCGGGACGGACGCGGUACUACGCCGCCGGCGUCGCCGCCGGCGUCGCGGGAAACGCCACGCCCGCGCCCCAGGACCAGAUGAAGUCGUGCCUCGUGAUCCCCCGCGUCGAAGCCGCGCACGUCGUCUUCUGGUGCCCCGCCGAGGAGUGCUACCCGGUGGUCCGCGGAGGACGGGGGAAAGUCGGACUCGGCCACGGGGCCCUGAAGCCGAGCAUUAUGGUGUUUUGCGGGCACCACAGUGAGUGGCCGUCGAGGUCCGCCGCGUUCGGAGGCGCGUUGCGGUGGCCCAGCACGAGCGCCAAUCGGUCGAGUAGUGGACGCUCCCCGAGUCGAGCUGCGUCUCCGUGAGGGCGUCGUACUGUAAUGUGAAGUUGUCUACUACAACUAGUGGGACACAACGAACGGCUAC